AUUUCAUCCGAGCCGGAAAAAAUGAGAUGGUUGAGCAACUUAUUGGAGAUAUAUCGCAUGGACCAAAUUAUCUUAUAGGCAGGCGUGGGAGAUCAAAGAAACGGAAGGAAUCACCUCCUAACAUUUCAAAACUAAAAGAAGAAAUGGCUGAUGAGAUGAAUAAGAAAAUUCAGCAUUGCUUAGCUUUUGCUAUAACUAAAUUGGCAGCAGACAAUCCAAAUUUGAAAGUCAAUGUUGAAGAGCUUUUUGCAGCAAUGCCAUUUGAUGUUUCCAAUGAUGAGCUUCAAGAUGAUUCCAAUUCUUCCGAUUCUAACGAGGCUGAAACGUCUAAGGGAGAUUAAAGAUUGAAAUAUGAUCAAGGUGCUCAUGGUAUUUG